AUGUCUAACAAAGGCAAAGGUAAGGAUGCUAAACCACAAUCUGCUGAAGAUGAGGAAGCCGAGCAAAUGGCUUUCCUCCUCCAAGCUGCCCAAGCUAAGAAAGCAGCAGGCCCUGCAAAAGUAACAAAGGUUGAGAAAAACCCACUCGCUUUCGAGUGCCCAGGUCUCCCACCGCUUCCAAAGGAAGAGAAUCCAGCUAGAGACUGGCCAGCCGUCGAAACAUAUGAAUACAACGAACACAAUGGCUACAGAUCAACAUCUAAAGAAUUAGCUGAAGUCGAACGUAUCCAAUAUGCUACUUCUAUCCUUCCAGAUCUCAGAGAAGGUGCUGAAAUCCAUCGUCGCGUCCGCAGAUGGGCCAUGGAAAAUGUAAUCAAGCCAGGUGUUAAGCUUUACGACAUGUGCGCACAGAUUGAAGAAGCUGUUCGUAAGCUUUCUGGCUAUGAACCAAUUUUCCGUGGUCUUGCCUUCCCAUGUGGCUGUUCAAUCAACAAUUGUGCAGCGCAUUACACUCCAAUGUACAACACCGACCAAAGAGUUCUUGGCAAGAGUGAUGUCAUGAAGAUCGACUUCGGUGUCGCUAUCAAUGGCAACAUCAUCGAUUCUGCUUUCACAGUUUGCUUUGAUCCAAAGUUCGAGCCACUUCUUGAAGCAGCCAAGACAGCUACAAACACAGGUGUCAAGAUAGCCGGUAUCGAUGCCCGUAUGAACGAAAUUGGUGAUGCCAUUCAAGAAGUUUUCGACGCUUCCUCCAUUGAUAUUGACGGAAAGCACUACGACAUCAAGCCAAUCUCCAACCUCAGUGGCCACAGCCUUGGCCCAUACACAGUUCACGCUGGUAAGUCAAUCCCAAUCACCAAAGGUGGCAACGCCGAAAAGAUGGAAGAAGGCGAACUCUUCGCUUGCGAGACAUUCGGCUCCACAGGCAAGGGUAUUGUCCACAAUGAUGGCGACAAUGUCAGCCACUUCAUGGUUGCCAGAAAUCCACCAACACCAAGAACACCAGCUGCCAGAAAACUCCUCAAGACACUUCAGGAAAACUUCUCUACACUCGCCUUCUCACAGAGAUUCAUCGAUCGUAUCGGAGAAAAGAAAUACCAACUUAACCUUCGCCACCUCGUUGAAUGCCGCGCUGUUCAUGAUUAUCCAUCACUCUCUGAUGUUAAGGGCUCUUACGUUGCUCAGUUCGAACAUACCUUCAUUUUACUUCCUACACACAAAGAAGUCCUUUCAAGAGGUGAUGACUAUUAA